GCUUCCAAAAGCAGUUGAUGAGCCCCACUACAAUGCAACACCAGCACUAUUUGCUUAAGUCCUCUGCUGUAUGAGCGGUCUAAGAGAGCUGACGCUCGACUUCGGGUACAGGGAAGAGUCUUUCAACCACGCCUUCAAUGUUGUUCUCCGUCAAUGCAUCUUGCCUUCGGUAAACCUGCUACAGUAUCGAGCUUUGACAAUUCACGACUUUCGUUUGACAGUGUUUCCCAACGCGCGAUCAUUCCUUUUCGAUAUUCGCAGCCAACGUCAACUGCUACCCAUUCUUCAAGACAUUUCUUCGCACCCUCAGUUGGAAACCCUGCAGAUCAACAAACAUGAUUGGUCUCUGAGAGAUGUGCAGGAGGUAGUGGCCCAUGUUCACAACAUUCGGUUUCUCCUACUGAGAGGCGAACUAGAUGGGGUGAGAGUGUCGGAGCUUAUUCCAGCCAUUCAACAGCUUCCUAGGCUUCAAAAGCUCGCCCUUACUACGAAGCAGAAAGCGGUAUACCCGCCAGGUCCCUUGGGCGACUCUCAAAUGGACGAAAUCAUUUCGCAGAAGGAGAAUCAUCCACUAAAUGAGCGACCUGCCGCCAACGCUUUACGACUCUUUCAGCAGUGCCGGAGUCUACGAAGAGUGUAUCUACCGCCAUACUGGUACCGUCCGUUUGAAUAUUCUGGGAAGAUACUCGGUGUAGUGCAAAUGGCUCCUCGUCCUCCAGAUAUACAUAGUGAAAUCCGAGAGUGGCCAGCAAUCUCUGAAGUUGCCAGGCGUCAGGCUUGGAUGCUAUAACCGUGAGCAUGUUCGUCCCGAUGUAUCCGAUGGUAUA